UCUCCGGGCUCCCUCCUCCCGCCCCUGCUCCUGCCUCCAGGGGGCGCCGCGGAAUGAGGAGCGGAGCCGAGCGGCGGCGCUGAGCCCACGCACCCUUUCGCGUGCUCCCCAGCCCUGGCUUGGAGGGAGUGCAGCAAACUGAGACAGGGAGAUCCGUGUGCCAUCACACAGGAAAACUGCCAACACGACAGGAAGAGCACUCCCUCCCGUCCGGCCCUGGGAGCGGAACUCACCUUCAGUCCCGGAAGAUCGCCCCGCUGAGAAACAAGCCGGCCACUCCCGGACGCCUCCCGUUCCCUCCCAGGAGUCAGCCAAUGGAGAGCCAGGCCAGAUCUACUCCCUAGGAAUUCAUCAGGCCCUGGUUAAGUUCUGGAUGUCAUCGGAAGCUGAGGCCAUCCUGGACACUCUUGGAUCUGUGGUACCAAGUGAGAGGACAGAGAGGGCUCAGGGAAGCUGUGCCAGAAGGUCUCGUUGUCCCUUGUGAUCACGUAUUUGAGAUCCAGAAGUCUCCCAUGGCUCCUUAUCACAUCCGCCUGUACCAGGACAGCGACCACAAAAGGGUCCUGGAUUUGUUCUCCAGGGGCAUGGAGGAGAAUGUCCCUGCUGCCUUCCGCCAUAUGCUGACAGUGCCCCAGACUCUCCUGUCCUUAUUUGGGGUGCUUGGGACCAUAGUCCUCGUGGGUGGCUCCUGGCUCCUGGCCACAGCGUGCAGCUGCCUUAUAAUCCUGUGCCUGUGGCUCCUUGUCUGGUUUUCUUGGAGAAAGUAUGUGGCUACAAGUUUGCAAACAGACCUGGCUGACAUCACAAAGUCUUAUCUGAAUGCACAUGGCUCCUUCUGGGUGGCUGAGUCUGGGGGACAGGUGGUGGGCAUAGUGGGGGGUCUGCCAGUCAAGGAUCCCCCAUUAGGGAGGAAGCAGCUGCAGCUCUUUCGCCUGUCUGUGUCCUCCCAGCAUCGAGGACAGGGAAUAGCGAAAGCACUGGUCAGAACUGUCCUCCAGUUUGCACGGGACCAGGGCUACAGCGAUGUUGUCCUUGAGACUAGCAUUGUGCAGUACAGCGCUUUGGCUCUCUACCAGGCCAUGGGCUUCCAGAAGACAGAUGAGUACUUCAUCAGCACAAUCACGAGGUUGAUGGCUCUUUCUAUCUUUCGUUUCACUUACUCUCUCCCUUUUGCUUGGGAACCGGGGAUGUGAUCUUUUUCUUUGUCUGUGAGACUUGAGUUCACUGCUGUAGGAACAAGCAAACCCUGCUCUUUUACAAAUACCAGUCACAGGGGCUCAUGCUUCAUUUCUUUCAGAUCCAGUCUUGCUGGUGGAGAGUGGUGGGUUGUAAGUGUCCCCUUUCAUCUUUUUAGUGCUGAAAUAGUAUAGCACAGAAGCCACCCUGAGUCGGCACUGCACACAUUGCAUGCCUGACUCUGUAACUUUCAGUUGGGUAGUUCACCCACAUAGAAGCCCUUUGCUAUAACAUUGAAUAGUUCUAAAGUCACGUGUAUUAGUGCCUGGGACCACAGACUUCACUCCUGUUUCUUCCAUGCUAGAUUUCUUGCACGUGAAUGUCCAGGUUACAGUCCACCCUAUUUGUAGAUUCCCUCUCCUCUGAAGACUCAACCAUUCACGCACCCUCUCCUCUAUCCAUAUAAGCCAUGUCUCUGUCCAUGUCUCACCUCCUUUGCCUUGUGAGCUAUGGAUCCAGUUUCAUACUCAACUGUGGGUCCCUCAGAAUAGUGGUGUAAGGCAGGGAGGAGGUCCUGAUCUUCAGCCACAUCCCCUCUUAGGUCAGGCCUUCCUGGAGAGGUUCCAGGGUGUAUAAGCAGACGGACAGAAUAUGGUGGGAGCCGCUGAUGGUCCCCGUGAUUUUAAAGUUUCGUCUAAAAGCAGUGCACUGUGUCACUGUGUCCUCUAGAUUGAGACAUAUCCUAGAGAGAGAGGAGGCUACCAUGACUCUGGAAGCUCUUAAAACCUAAUAAUGCCAUGAGGCUCUCUUUAGGGGUUUACAAGCAGUAAAAGGUUGUUGGGGUGAUGAGGGACUUCCAAUGAUGCCAUUUGUAGAAAUCAUUUCCUGUGAUGAUGUGGGCACCUGUAAGAAACCCCAGUCAACUCCCUGAUUCACCUUGGUAGUUGUGGUGGUUUGAACGGUUGCUAGGGAGUGGAACUAUUUGAAAAGAUUAGGAAGUGUGUCUUUGUUGGAGAAAGUGUGUUAGUGGGGGUGCACUUUGAGGUUUCAAAGUCUCAUACAAGCUGAGAGUCUCUGUCUCUGCCUAAGGACCAGGAUGUAGCACCCAGCUACUGCCCCAGCGCCAGGCAUGUUGCCAUGAUUCCUGACAUGAUGAUAAUGGACUAAGUCUCUGAAACUGUAAACCAGACCCAAUUAAAUGCUUUCUAAGUUGCCUUGACUAAAACAGUAGCGUUGGGUGGGAUUUCAUUUCUUUAUCUUUUUUGGUCUGUUAUUGAUGUUGUGGUCUGUGAAGAAACAUAUAUCCCCAGGAAAAGUCUAGUGUAAGACACUUGGCACUAAUAGGAACUAAGCAAAGGGGAUUCUGAACGGAACAGCAGCAUCACCCUGCAGUGAGUGAUAGGGCAUGCAACCCAGGCCAAUCCAGCGGGAUGUUGUCUGGCCUCCCCGUACCCACCAUCGUCCACAGGCGAAAUGACUGAGGUCAUGCCAUCUUGUCCCAACUUUAUUUUAUGUCUGCUUGGUCACUUCUCAGCUUCCCACCCUGCACCGGCCACCUUUGCCUCGGCAGUGCUUUAAGGAGUGUCCGUGACCUUGACCCUGGGCCUGGAAAAGGAAGCAGCUGUGACUACACUGCUCCAGGUCCCUCCCAGUACCCAGCCCCUCCUCAGUACUCAUGUAAUAUGGUUUCAUCUCUAACUGUAGGAAGCCGGUUCCUGCAUUAUCCAUUACUAUAAUAGGUGCCGGAAGACACCAAGUUGUAAAUUACUUCACAGGCGCUGGGUAAUCUCCAUUCCUUUGAUCUCUGCCUAUCCCGUGGCUCAUUUUUGCCUGAGGAGCUGAAGCCAUUCAU